GCGGGCUACGCCAGCUACCCCUACCCCGUGCGCCACGGACCCCCGCAGCACUUCUACGUGGAGGACCCGGCCAGGGCGGGCGUGCACACUGUGCCACCGCGGACGUUGUACGUGGAGGAGGCGCGGGGCUUCCCCGUGCAGGAGGCGCCCGCCCAUGCCUUCUACAGAGAGGAGCCCCGCUUCUACACCCCGCGCAGCACCCCUGUCAAGGCCCUGUACGCGGAGGAUGCCCGGACAUACCCAGCACUUGGCUCCUCAGCCCGGGUCUUCUACGCUGAGGACUACGGGAAGUACCGUGAGCGGGAGGUGCUCUCACGAACGUGCCCCCCUCCCCGCAGCACCCAGCCCUUGCACUUCAGCGACUGGUACUGCCCCGAGCGGAGCGCGCUGCCCUACCAGAGCUUGCAGGUGUCACGCUUCGCCCCGCAGCCGGCCGGGCGCGAGGCCAUGCUCUCCUCCUGGCACGCCAGCUACAGCACAAACCCGCCGCGGCUGGGCCGGGACAGCCAGCACUACUCCAAAUCCUGGGAUAACAUCCUGGCACCCGCGGCACGCAGGGAGGAGGCCCUGCAGCGCGGCCGCAGCUACGAGAACCUGCUCGUCCAGGAGCAGCACCGUGCCUUAUCCCCUGACGAGCGCCGGCAGCCAGUGGUGAUCAACCUGUCGAGCUCACCCAAGCGCUACGCCGCCCUGUCCCUGUCGGAGAGCUCCAUCCUCGAGCGGGUGCACAGCGACAGCGGCCGUGGCCCCCUGGGCCGUUCCUGGUACGUCACGCCGGAGAUCACCAUCACUGACAACGAUAUCCGCGCCAAUGGGAUGGGCCGCAGUGAGCGGCGCUCGGCCAGCUGGGACGUGCUGGAUGCAGGACGGGAGCAGACGCCCUAUGCUGCGCCCUACGCCCCACAGCCCGUCCCCAAGGAGAGUGGCUCAGCGCGACAGCGCAGCCUGGAGCAGCUGGAUGAGCUCAUCACCGAUCUCGUCAUCGACUACAAGCCGACACCGGGCCACCGUGCAGGGGACAGAGACAGUUUGGCUGAGCAGCUCAAGAAGCUCCUGAGCAGCAGUGCCCCGGGACCAUCUCGGCGGGGUGAGGGGAGGAAGGUUCCCCCCAGCGUGCCUGAAAGUUUCCGGCCCACGAAGGAGCAGCCGGGUCCCAGCUCUUUUGGCGGCGCCCCGCGCCCACAGCCGUCCCCACCAGCCAGUAGCACCUUUGAGAAGCCUCUGGAGAACUGCUCACCUGACCUGAGCGCGGAGGAGGAUGACAUGAUGAUGUGCUCCAACGCCAAAUGCCGGCGGACGGAGACCAUGUUCAAUGCCUGCCUCUACUUCAAGUCGUGCCACAGCUGCUACACAUAUUACUGUUCCCGGCACUGCCGCCGCGAGGACUGGGACACGCACAAGGAGAGCUGUGUUUACGGCCGCGUGGGCAGCGUCUGCCGCCACGUGCUGCAGUUCUGCCGGGAGAAUGCUGAGGUGCACAAGGCCUUCUCACGCAUCGCCAAGGUGGGUUACCUGUCCCGUGGCCGCGGUGUGCUCUUCCUGGGCUUCCCCAACUCGGGCUCGGCUGAGAACUUCCUGCAGUUCGGGCUGGAGAGCCUGCUGAUGUCCCCCACCUACCUGUCCCUGCGGGAGCUGGAGAGCUACUCGGACAACCUGGGGGAGUACGCCCGGGAGCUGCGGGAGACCGGCAACCAGUAUGACCCCGACGAAUGUUUCCUCUUGAAUGUAACCGUGGCCGUGGCUCAAAAAGUGCCGGAGAGGCCGUCUCCAAAGGUGCAGGUGCCGACGGUCAGGAAAUACGCCAAGGUGGCCUUAGCCUCCUCCAGCCCUGAGAAGAAGAUCCCAAAGAAGGAGCGGGAUAUGGAGACAUUGAUCCUGACACCGCCACCCGGCACGGCGGACAUCGACAAGGAGGGUGAGGAGGGCCGCAAGGCACGGGAGGUUUGCUUCAUCAACAUCCAGCGGGAGCUGCGCAUCCGCGGUGUCUUCCUGCGGCAUGAGUUCCCAGCCGUCUACGAGCAGCUCUGCGAUUUUGUGGAGAGUAACAAGCGCUUCACCCCCACCACUAUUUACCCCAUCGACAAAAGGACAGGCAAACAGUUCAUGUGCAUGAUCAUGGCCGCCUCUGAGCCCCGCACACUGGACUGGGUGGCCAGCCCCAACCUCCUGGAUGACAUCAUGUGAACGUGGCAUUCGGACCCCAGCGGCUGCGCGGUCCCUCUGUAGAUAGGCGUUUUCCCGG